AUGGUUGACUCAGAAAACGUUGAUACACUGAAUGCAAUGGAAAACUUACAAGAGCAGGAAGACCUAGAAGACGAGUAUCAGUUCUUCCGGUCGUUGGUCAAAAGUAACAUAUUUAAACUUACCAGCGGCAAGGGUAGGCAUACCAGAAUCUCAACGAUAAUACAAUUUAUAAACUCUAUACAGAGUGUCCUACGAGGAUAUAUGAUUAUGGCGAUAUCUUUGAAAGUAUUAACUUUUUUCGCAACUUGUUUUUUUUUUUUUUUUAAGAAAUAAGUAGUGGUAGAUUAUGUAUGUGACGCCACAGAGCGUGACGUUUAAAUAUUGUUACGCUACUCUACCCUUCACCCCUUACCAAUUUUAAAAGUGGAAUAUCUCGUCAACGGAUUGGCGUAAAUCAAACAUUUCAACACCGGAAUGUAUUUAAACUAAUACUUCGUCUAUUUGUGGAACUUUUAAUAAAGGUUACCAUUUGAAAAAAAUAGUAGGUAGGUAGUCGGUUAGUUCCUAAAAAUAAGGGUGAUAAAAAAUAAUAGUAAUGUAACAUUUUAGAGAUACUUGUUUAUUAAAUUGUCAAAAAAAAAAAAAAAAUACGAAAAAAUUUAAUAAUUUUCAAGGUAUCACAAUGAUCAUACUUUCGUAGGACACCCUGUAUACUAAUAAUGCAAAUCGUCAUUUCGUAUAUCGUGUGUUCAUUAUUUACAGAACAACGUGUGAUGUGUACUUGGUUGCAUAAUUGCGACAAUGUGAUAAAAGACAAGUCGAUAAAAUGCGGAACCAUCAAAAUAAUGUUGUUAUCACUUCAGCAUCCGGAAGGGCCCCUAAAUUAUUUCAAACAGACCGACCAGACUGAGUUACCGUCAGACGUGAUUAACACUUUAGAAUCGGUCAGUGGAUUUUGAACCUAAAAAAGCACUCAUGAGAUGCGUGGCAUACGAUUUUAACGCGUUUAAAUAUUUUAAAAAUAAAUUACGAUAUAAAAAAAAUUGUUUAUAUGAUAUAUAAAACGUCGCUUUUAUAGCUGAACAAAUUUCUCAACACGACGUUGAACGCAGAAAACGAUCCUAAAAAUGUUGACGACGAGAGCGCGAACACAUUUCAAAACAUUGUCGCCGCAGUGUCCGCGGACCUGACUAGCUUUGCUUCCACGUACGUGGACCACAGAACUGUGCAAGUGUUUUACGCUAGGUCCGAUCACGUCAUAAACACGUGGUGUUUACCGGAACAAGUGCAAUUUCCCUUGGACAGCUAUUCGUCGUCACGUUGGGAGAGUGCGAUGUCCACAAGGCCGAUUACGCGAAUCCGACCCGCGAGUCAUAUGGUCCAAAAUCAUGUCAGCAGUGAAUUAUCAAUUGCUAAGUUCGUACAAAUCAUUGCACAAUAUUAUAGCAAUAGGCAUUGUAUUAGUAUUAUAUAGUUUUAUUAUACAUGUGCGGGAGUAAAAUGGAUUUAACACCAGAAUUUUGUGGGGUAUACCUAAUACUAUCUUUUCAAACCCGUCCCGACCCCCGUAUAUUAAAGGGAGUUGUUUUACCUUUUCAUAGCCUGAGUGCGUCCGCAGUCGUAUCAAUGCAACCUGAGGUAGGUACCUAUUUAGACCUAUUUAAAAGCUAGUAAACAAAAUUUUGUUUCAACUUUGAUAAUAAAACUCAAUACGAUUAUGGAGUACAGCUAGUAAUCGUGUAGUAACUAAUCUAUUGAACGAGUACAUAACCGUAAUUCCCAAAAUUUUCAAAAAAACGUAAAAAUUGUUAUGUUUUAAUGUACAAAAAUAUUUAAGUACCUAAAUCUAAAUAUGUACAACCAAUGCCUAGGUAAAUAAGUUUAUCUAAUCAAUAAUAUAUAUAGUAAAUAAAUAUACAAAUAAAAAAUGUAUAUAUAUAUAUAAAUAAAAAUAAAUAAAUGAAUGAAUGCAUCGCUUGGAGUACCUAUUACGAACAAAUUUAUCAACAGGUACCUGUAUCACAGUUAAAAUGUAAAACGCGACCUUGUCGACUUUGUUUUACAAUAACACAAUAUGUUCACUAACUAAAAAUAACAUUAUCAAUUUGAGAUUUACUUAAUCAAUAACUAAUAAAAAAAAACAAAUGUGUUCAACUUUGUCGACUAAGUCGAGUUUUACAUUUUGACUGUGAUAUAACUGAUAAUGAAUUUUUAAUUCGAAACUGGUCGUAUAAUACACUUAUCAUAAUACUCUAGACGACGCAUUCAUUCAUUUAUUUUUUAUUUUUUAUUGAUCAAUUUUUUAUUUAUGUAUUUAUAUAUUAUAUUUAUUACGACUAUUAACCAUUUUAAUAAUAUUAUUUUUACUUUAUUAUUUUAUUAUCAAUAAUAGAUAAUAAAAUAACUGAAUAUUUUUGGGGUUUAAGUCGGUUUACCUCCCAGUGAUGCACCUUGGGUAACUAUAUGAAAAAGGAGCGUUUCGGGAUGCACUUGGGCAACCUAGGUCUAUAAUUUUAUGCCAAAAGUACCUCUGCAAACCUGCAAGUACAGCAACAAAAUAAUUCACUUAGAAUCCCUCUACGUAAAAUAUGUAUUUCAGAAUCGCAGAAAUUAUUACCAAUGAAAAAUAUCGUAAACUGUGAUCAAUUUAAUGUUCUAUAAGUUUAAUGCUAUAAAGGUUUUAUAGUUGACAAUUUUGUAUGCAUUUAAUCAGACAGUCUUCAGGAUCCUUCUUUAAUUACAUUAAACAUAAGUUAAUGAAAUCGCAUACUUAACAUUUUUAAACAGAAUCGAAAAAUAAUUGGAUAAAUCUUAUUUAUAAUGUCAAUUAUUAUUACUUAUCAUAUCGAUAUGUUUAUAUUAGGAGUGAAACAAAAAGAAAAUGUGCAGAUUAUAUGACCGACCAAGAAGAACUAGAGGGUGUUCAGGGAAAGUUUAUAUGGUACGAACAUAGCAGAUUAGACGGCAGCUUAAAACCAAUGAACGAAAUUUCUAUUGACAAGUAUGUAAAAACAAAUUAUAUCUGUACACAACGAUAGACCAUUGCUAAAGAAAAACGAUUCUGAACGAAAUUCGAUUAUUUCAAAUGCCUACAAAUUGUUAAAAAAUCAGUGGAAUUUUUUGAACAGUUUACCACGUUUAUGAAAGACUAAUAUAAGUAUUUAGUGAAAAUUUCUCUAUACGAUCAUGUUGAACCAAAUUACAAAAAAAUUCAAAAUUAAGGGAGACUAGUUUUAGUCCUCUAUUUAUUUUUUCUUAAGUUAUUGAUUAAAUAAACACUGAUAAUGUUAUUUUUAGUUAGUGAACAUAUUGUCUUAUUAUCAUCACAAACUAAUUUAACGGUAUCACUUUUAAAUAAACGUAAUACAUAAAAUACCAUAAUCAUUGUUUUACGGUCAAUUCCAUACAUUUAUAUGCAAAUAACUUUUUUUUAAAAGUAAUUAUGUCAAAAAAUUAUGCUGACAUUUGAAGUACAAUAAUAACCUUUUAAUUUUAAUUUUUUAAAUUUGAAAUGUACACAUAAUAAAAUAUAGGUACAUGAAUAUAUAAAGAAUAUAUUUAUUCCUUUAAGCCUGAGCUUGUAAUAUAGUAUAGUGUUCAAUAAUCCAAAAGAUAACAGUUUUUUUUUUUUUAUCAAAUAUAAAAUAUUUCAUACAGGAUACAGAUACGAUUGACAAAUGACAGAACUUAACGUUGCAUAAUAUCUUUUUAUGUUAAUAUGUUUUUAGUUAUGUUAAAAUACUGAUAAUAUAUGUUGACUAAAAUUUAGUAUUUAGUAAAUUAAUAAGCGGGCCGGUACUUUUGUAUUUUCUCGGGCCGAAAUCUUUUUCCAAUCUCGCCCCUGGUAGCAACCUACCUAUCUACAUAUUUUGUAUACUGAAAGUGAAAACCGUAGAUAAUAAAUACAUUUUAUAAAUAAAUUAUCUAUAAUAUAAUUUGUUCCUUGUCACAUAAACUUGCAAGCCAUACUUGUUUUCGUAUACAAUAUUAUGUAUACCAUACAUAGUAUUUUUUUUUUAUUUUUUCAUUUUGGUAAACGCACAAAAGCUAUACCUACCUUUAGUGGUAUAUGCCCUUAUAACAAAACACCAUCGAUAAGAACGAUAAGUUUGUCAUGUGUAACAAUUUGCACACGUUAACUUUAUUUUCUAAUUUGCUUAUUAUGAUCUGUAAUAUAGAUUGUAAAUAUUCUUUAUAAAAUAAAAAAAAAAAUUGAGAAUUGUUUAGUCCCUUCAAUUAAUUAGAUUAUGCUACACUAGUAAGUAAGAUUUCUGGUAGAAAAUAAUAAUUAAAAAAAGUAAAGUAAUGUAAUGUUAACGUAUUAAAUAUUCGAAAUUUUUUACCCAACUAUUAAAAAAAGGUUUUGGAAAAUCAAAAGAAUGAUAUCACCGAUACACAAAAAAAAUAAAUACACUAAAAGAGGUGUCUUGUCAUUUUUCGAUUGGAUCAAAAAUUCUAAAAUAAAAAUUGUUUAAAGAGAGAAAAACAAAAAGAUGUCUUUGGAUAAUGGAGACGGGUACAGCCACUGUUAUUAUAGGUAAUUUAGUGUAUACCUGUAAGCAAUGAUAUAAACUAUUGCCUACGAAAAAACGAUUUUGAGCAGAGUUCAGUUGAUAAUAAUACUUUUUAAACAAUAUAUGUAUAUAUCAUAUUAUAGUAAAAUAAUUAAAUAAGCUCUAUAUAUUUUCUUUAAUACUAUUUAUUUAAUAUUGUAUCGAUUUUCCCAGUUUUUCAUAUUUUCUGAGAAAACUCCGAGAAAAAUCGAUAAAUGACCUCUUUAAAGUACCUUUCCAGUGAGAUUUCCUUUCAGGAACAUUACUAUUAUCAAAAGUUGAAACGAAAUUGCUGGUAAAAAAGUUGUCCACAGAAAAAAAUAAUCGUAAUAUUAUACUUCGUAAAUUUUACUGUUUUUUUUUUUCAGUUUUUUGCAUUUGAUGAGAAAACUCUUAAUAAAAUCUAAAAAUGACUUCUUUGAGAUAUUCCCCAAAUCGAUUUCCUUUCAGAAAAGUUGCUAUACGUAAAAUUCGGAGCAAGUUCUCUGGUAGAAAAGUUAAAAAAAAAAAAAAUAAAAAAUAUCUUUGUAUAAGCUCCUUUGUUCCAUUCAGAAUCUGAAAAAAAAAACGUAGUAAAACUAAAACAUUCCUCGUUCUGCUAAGAAUCUAGAAAACUAUAGCUGUACAUUAAAACAACCUAGUAUGACAAUAUGACCACUAUUUAAAACAUUUGUACUUUAUGCCCAUACAAUUUUAAAACAUUUAUUUUUAUACUAAAUAAUAAUUAAUUAGGGAUACUUGCUUGCACGAGAAAAACCAAUUGAACAUGGACGAACGUGCAAUUAGCGUGGUGAGCAGGGUGUAUCCUGGUCACUUGCGAAUGAUCCUCGAUCCAGUGCUUAUCGCAGAAGUCACCGGCAUACAUUUAAACCAGCCGGCAAAAGAUUUGACCACCCACGAAACCACACUAGAUAUCGAAGCGAUGGACUGUAUAAGUAAUGAAGUAUUAAUGUAAUUGUCGUUAGGAUUUUUUUAUAGGGGAAGGGGUUCUUUUAAACCGUAUUAAGGGAGAAACAGUUUUUUUUUUUGAGAAGAUCGCUAAAAUAAGAAACAAAUAAUGCUCAAGUAAAAUCUAAUAGAGCUGAUAUAUGAAUUAAAAUUGUCUCAUAAUUGUUGAUAAUAUUAUCACUGACCGAGCUAUUAGAAGGUAUAUGUUGAACGGAAUGUUGGAUAAGUUAAUAUGUACUUAGUACAAUGAAUAAGAAUACGUAAAUAAUAUAGAUUCUAAUUUUUAGAAACUUCCGGUGAAAUCACAUUGAGUAAUCAACAUCGACCGAAUGCCGGAGAAGAUAGGAAUUUUGACGCUGAACUUACAGUCGAUGAAACCACAGUUCCAGAAAGCAGACUGAACAUUGGCGAAUUUUGCGGGCAAAGUGGUACGUCCUGGUACAGUAUCUGAAAUCUUAAAACACGCGUACAAUAAAAUUUCACUUUACAUUCUCAGACCCUCGUAGUGAGCAAGAUUUUAUUAGUAUACAAGAAAUAUCCAACGAAUCGCCGAACGACAGAGUAGAUCAAAAUUCUGCUAAAAUGAAGGACACCGAUCGAAACACAACUUCAGAAACCAAAGAAAAUGUCGAAGAAAUGUGUAAACAGAGUGCGUAUCUUAAAAUAACGUCUAAAACGGAAGUUCGCGUAUUAAAAUAAUAUUAAUUUCUGUUUACUGUCCAUAAUAAUACUGUAGAAUCAGAGUCUUGUAGUGUAUCGAAAAGUACAGAUUCGGUAGUAAACGCCGAAGACCGACCGCAAGACGGAGAAGACUCUCGUGAAGACCAAGUUAAGAUUGACACAAUACUGAUAGAAGUUGAUGGGGACAUGAGUCAUGAAGUUAUCACACCGGACAUCGUCACCGAGUUUUGCGAACAAAGUACGUAUACCAUAAGUGUCUGAAACUGACGCACGUAAAAUAAUUAGUAUUAUAGUUUCAGAGCCUUGUAGUGAACCAUCGAAUUGUGAUUCGUUGGGGAACCCCGAAGAACAGCCGAAAAACGAAAGCGAUCAAUGUGCUGACACAAUGACGAUAGAAACUGACCAUUCGAACAUUAUUCCAGAAGUUCAACCGGAAAUAAUCAAUAUUUGUAGACAAGGUAUGUACUUAUAGUAAUAGGCGUGCGCUGCGGUAUGCGCAGGGGCAGUUUUUUGUUCUUUAUUAUUUAGUGUGGUAUUUCAUAAACUCUGUUAUAAACAGUAAUAAGUUAAGAAAUGUUGACAGUUGAGCUAAGAUUUUUUUUAAAUUUUCAUCACGGCUAUAAAUGAUAUUUUUAAUAGUGAUUUUCAUCAAGUACAUUAUAGUGAUAUGUACUGGAAAUCGGGAAUUGACAUAUCAACGAAGCCCUAGUUACAUACCCAUUGACGUUACCUUGUAGAGUUGCAGAUAACCAAUAACUAUAUAGCAGUUUGAUAACAUCAUUCGCGCGAAAAUGAUUGAUAUUAUCAUAGUUUCUACGAGUACAUAUUGACUUGUGAACUUAAAAGUUAUAUAAAAAAAUUAUGAUUUAUGUCUUUAUGAAAGUGGUUAAAAAAUGCAUCUAUUUUGAAAUAAACCUAUUGGCAUCCCCUGCGAAAAAAGUUUGCACACGAGUGCUGCUAUUGUGCUGAUAGUACCUAUCUACUUUUAAUACCGUUACAUUUGUAUUAUAAUAAUAAUAAGGGCCCGGAUUUAUGUGCUUUAAAAACAUUUGAAAUAUUCUAUAAAGCAUAAAUGCAUAUUUUAUAACAUAUAUGCAUUUAUGCUGUUGUUUUGUAGAAAUAUGCCUUUUAAAAUAAAACAUAUGCACAAAAAAAUCGAUUUUCAAAAAAAAAAAAAAACUAAUAAUAAUUUUUUUUUUUCUUAAUUUUUAAAGUAGGUACAACAAAUUGAUUUGUAAUGGUAUUUUCGAUAUUUUUCAAGCAAUACAUAAAAUAUUUUUAUACUAAUAUAAUUAUAACCAACAUAUUUUAAAUUAUGCAUUUAAAACCCAUUUAUGUGCAAUACAAGAUCGUAAAAUACAGAAAUAUGCAGUACAUGUCAAAAAUUAGUAAAAUAUGCCAAAUAAAACUUUAUAUUUCAGUUCUAUUGACUAUAAUUUAAACUUGUAGCUUAACUAGCUACUUUUCAGACCGUCCAAAAAAACAUAUAAUUAUAAUAUAACUCCGGGCUCUAAUAAUAAUAAUAUGAUCAUAGUUUCAGAUAAUUGUUGGGAGCUGUUGUGUGAUGACUCUGUAGUAGCAAGUGAUUUAUUAGCAAAUGCUGCAGAAGAGUGGCCAAACGACAGACAAGACCAAUGUGCCGACAUAAUAAAGGUGGAAGUCGAUCGGGACAUUAUUCAAAAUGUCUCAUCGGACAUAAGCGAAUUGUGUUUAAAAGGUGCGUACUGAUACAAAACGCAUAAGAUGAAUAACAAUAGUAAUAAAAACAGUCACAAUAAUAGCGUAUAACUAUUAUAUUAUUAUUAAAGUCUCAGAGAUUUGUGAUUCGUUAGUGAACCCCAAAGAUGAAGGACCGGACAUCGGAAAAGCCCAAUGCGUUGAUUCAAUAACGAUGGAAACCGAUCGGGGAAUUAGUCACGUCGGAUCUGAUAUCCGUGAAUUCUAUAAGCAAAAUAACAAGCGUCAGACCAUAGUCGUGUCAGAAUCACCACCGUGGCAGGUAUAUUACUGCACCGGAUCAGCCGGCUCGUCACGCGCGUCACUCCAUUUGUCACCGGCGACAGUGGAAGUGCGCCGUUCGUCUAAUUGUAUGCACAAUGAUUGGCCGUCUUCAGUGUUCAACACAUCUCGUCCAAGAGCUACCUUACAAUUCAGACGGCGCUAUUACUUGAGGUUCAGGGCUGGUAGUGAUAACCCCGGUAGGAGGUGGUUGUCAGCCGGAAACGAUCGCUUCGCGCAAAUGUGCAACAACGGCAACUGCGUUGCACAACGACCAGCCAUUUGGGAAGGCAAUAAUCAACAACCACUCUUGCCGCCGUUCCGGCCGUACCGAAAUACGAGUACCCCAAACACCAGCCCGCGUCGAUCACAGCAGCCAAGUAGACGAAUAACGGACCAUGGCUUUGGUCAGAUGCCGCAACCGUACAACAACCCGCCGCCGUUCCGGCAACCGGGCAACAAUCAACUGCCGGUAUUUCCACCACGCAACAAUCUACGACGCGAUCGGCGUGCCACCUGCACGGACUUACCAACAAUGAAUAAUGCCCGUCCGUGUACGCGGCGAUACACUUAUGAUAUACUACCCGAACAGUCAAUUGACGGUAAUCCAAAUGCCACUCGUCACGACUCAGUAGCUACAGGGGCCAGCCGAUACACUUAUGAUAUACUACCCGAACAUUCAAUUGGCAGUAAUUCAAAUUCCACUCGUCACGACUCAGCAGCCACAGAGGCCGGCCGAUACACUACGUAUACCGUGAGCGGAUCCAUAAACAUCGUAGCGACACAACAGCAGCAGCAGCAGCAGCAACAGCAACAAUCGCAACAGCAACAGCAGCCGCACAGACAAAACCCGGUUGAGCCGCUGGAAAACUACUUGAACGCCGACAUGGCAAUACCGCGGAAUAUUGCUGUACCCGAAUGCCCAUUUGUACGGAUAGAUGAGAACGCGCGGGACAGAAACACGCCUGAACAUUGGCGCAAUCCAUUUGUCUCAAACGACGAGAACGGCAACGGCAACGGCAGCGGCAGCGGCAACGCGGCUGAUAGCUGGGUCUACCAAGGCUCGGUAGAAUCGUUAGGCUCAUUAGGCUCGGAGUCGAUGUCCAUUGAUGUGAGCCCCGUGCUCAACGAUGACAACGAAUAUUUCCAGGACGCUGACGAUCCGUUCGCCAUGCAGCAGGGCCUUCGCGAAGCACCAGUCCAUCGCCUGAGAACCGGUUCUGCGGGCCAUGGCCCGUCCGGACGUCGUCAGCCUGAUUCAUUUUUCCGAAACACUCGUUAG